GGCACAGCGUGGGAGGGCCCGGCACACGGUAGACCCGGCUUGGUGUACUGCAGGCAGUUAACAGUUGCGGCUGUGAAAUGAGCGCCCUCAUGACGCCCGGCACUUCCGGCAGAGACGCUCAAGGCCCAGGGCUGGUGGGCAGCUGGCGUGGUCGUGUCUGAUGUCUCUGUCCCAGGGGCUUCAGAGAGUACUGGAGUUUGGUAUCAGCUGCUGGAAACCACAGGUCUGCACAAGCUGGCCCUGCUUGUGUUAGUUACGGUGUGUUAGUUAUCCAGGGCUGUGUGACAAAGAACCACAAACUAGGGGGCGUGGAAGAACAGGAGUUUGUCAUCUUGCAGCUCUGGAGGCUGGGGGUCCGAGACCAGGGUGUCAGCUGUGCGGUCCCUUCUGAGGCUCUGCGGGAGACUGCUCCUGCCUCUCUCCCAGCUCCUGGUGGCUCCCGACAUUCCAGGGCUGCAGCUGCAGCGACACAUGGCGUCCUUCCUCUGUCUCCGUCUCUGUGUCUCUUCUUGGCUUUAUAAGACACCACUUGGAUGGGGUUGGGACCACCCUAUUCUGGCAUAAAGAAAAACAGCUGCCGUCAAGUCAGCUGUGACUCAUGACAAUCCCAUGUCAGAGAAGACCUGGGCCCCGGGGUUUUUGAUUGCUGAUUUUUUGGAAGUAGAUUGCCAGGCCUUUUUUCUGAGGCGCCUCUAAGUGGACUCAAACCUCCAACCUUUCUGUGGGUAGUUGAGCAUUUAAUCAUUUGCCCCACCCAGGGACUAUUCUGCAAUAACCUUACAUUAAUUCAGCUGAUAACGUCUUCAAAGACCCUAUUUCCACACCAGGUCAUGCUCACACUUACAGGGUAGGACUUCAACAUGUCUGCUGUUGGCUAAGAUGCAAAUUCUGCAGAGGCGUAAGGAGAUGGAAAAGCUGGCCAAGGACCCUGGGGAUGGGCAGUGAUAGAGGACCCAAGUUCAAGGGUUCAAGUCCCAGUUUGGCCAUGCACAGGCCAUGAGACCUGAGCCAGGGCCUCUGCCCUAUGGACCCCUCCUAGUCCUGACCCCUGGGAUGCUCCCUGGCCCUGGCAUUUGAGGGCACCUCAUGAGUCCUCAGCUUGACCAUGAGCCCCACGUGACACACUUGCAGGCUUCUCAGAGCACCCAACAGGAGAGGGUGCAGCCAGACCAGAACACAGCACUAUCUGCCAGACCCACAGAAUAACAGGCCAAAGACAUCUGAGUCCUCACCCCCAGAGCCUGUGUGUAUGUGACCUUCCAUGCGAAAGGGGCCCUGCAGGCGUGGUCAAGUGAGGGAUUUUGAAAUGGGAGAGAUCCUGGGUUAUCCAGAUGGGCCCAAUGUCAUCGCAAGGGUCUUUAUGAGAGAGGCAGGAGGAUGAGAGAGAGAGAGAAUAUAAGGAUGUUUUUUUUUACACUGCUGGCCUUGAAGGUGGAGGAGGGGGCCAUGAGCCAAGGACUGUAGGUGGCCUCACCAAAAAAAAACCACUGCCAUCGAGUGGGUUCCGACUCAUAGUGACCCUACGGCACAGACUAGAACUGCCCCAUAGAGUUUCCAAGGAGCACCUGGAGGAUCUGAACUGCAGACCUUUAACAGCCGUAGCUCUUAACCACUACGCCACCAGGGUUUCCUCGUGGGCGGCCUCUAGAGCUGGAAAAGACAAGGAAAUGGAUUCUCCCUCUGGGGCCUCCAGAAGGAACCAGCCCUGCCCACACCUUGAUUUCAGGUCAGUGGCACAUGUGUGGCAUUUCUGCCUCUCAAACUACAUUGUUGUUGGUUGCCAUUGAGUCGGCUCAGACUCGGGGCGACCUUGUGGGUAACAGGACAAAACAUUGCCCCGUCCUGAGCCACCGUCGCAAUCAUUGGUAUGUUUAAGCCCAUUGUUGUGGCUACGGUGUCAGUCCGUCUCCCGGGGGGCUUCCCUCAUUUUUGCUGACCCUCCAUGAUGUCUCUUUCUAGCAAUUGUUCUGUCCUGAUGACAUGUCCAAAAUAAGUCUCGCCAUCUAAGGAGCGUUCUGGUUGUAUUUAUUCUAAGACUGAUUCGUCCCUGCUGUCAGACACAGGUGCUGCUCCCCAAUCUGGCAGCGCAAGGCCUGCUGAGGGACCCUUCUGGGCCAGAUGGCAGCGUAUCCGACAGACCUGACCUUGACAGUGCUGGCCGUGCAGAGGAGGAGCAGGCGGCCGGACCCCAAGCUGCAGCAGGCAGUGCGGGCAAGGCUCCGGCUGCUGGAGAACGAUACCAGGGAGGUGGCACGUGUGCUCGGGGAAUUAUCAGCCAGGCUGUUGUCCAUCCACAGCGACCGAGGCCAGAUUGCGGUGACGUUUAAGACCUUUGAAGAGAUCUGGAAGUUCUCCACCUACCACGCUCUUGGCUUCAUACCUCACUGCCUGGAGAACCUGCUGGUGGACCAGACCUUCUGGCUGCAGGCGCCCGAGGAUGAGGAGGAGACAGCCCUGGAGGUCUGCUUGGAGGAGGAGACCCUGAGGCUGAUGCACGAGAGUCUGCUUAUGCAGGAAGGGUCCUACUUUGUCCUGUGUCCUGACCUUGGCGUGAGAGCAGCAACUGGACCCUGGGGUGCAGGGCAGGGCCCCCAGGGAGAAGCAGCCUCAGAAGUGGACUCGCGGAGCCCCAGCCCCAGCACGUCCUCUGAGGAAGUGGCUGCAGUGGUCCUGGAACCUUUGACUCCAUUUCAUCAGUGGGCUCUGAGGGUCCCCUGGGACUCCCUGGAGGACUCCAUGGAUGGAUCUGUGGCGCCUGGCCUCGCGAUAACAGCAGGGGGCCUGGCCUCGGCAGUGGGAGACUGCCAGGGCUCCAGGCCCGAUGAGAUGACCUUCCGAGAGGGUGACCCCAUCCAGGUCCUCGGAGCACGGGUGCCCGGCCUACCCUGGUGCCUUGGCCGGCAUGCAGCCUCGGGCCAGGUCGGCUUUGUGCGGACAGAGCUCAUCAGCCUGGAGGGCCAGCCUGAGUCGGAAAAUGUGAUCUUUCUCAGUGAGGAAGAAAGGGCAUUCUUCAGCAAAGAAGGGGGCUUUUCAGAGGACGACGCCAGGCAGUUACUGAGGAGGACAUCUGAGCCAGACGUCUGCACUAUGUACAGCUUGGACAGGCUCGAAGAAGCCGAGUUUGAGCAGCCGGAAGAACACAAAACACCUCCGCCUCACCUGAACCUGGAGCCUAGUGAGAUCCUAGAGAAGGUGAAGAACGCUCUCAAACGAUGCAAGACUUGCCAGGCCUGCCCUGAGGAGCCAGCGUCCCGGAGUCUGUACCCAGUGGCUAGUGGGGUGAGCUUGUUGGAUGCUGAGGAGGAAUCUGGCUUCUGCCUGGAUGCAGAAGCCAACUGGACGGAUGACGCGGAGGCCCUGGGCUCCACGCUGCUGUCACUGAACGCCCCUGGCUACAAGGCCGGCUUUCGCAGCCUGUACGCCCUGUCCAUGCCAUGUCUGGGCAGUGUGCUCUGCAGCCUUGAUGACGAGGAAGAGCUGGCUGGGCGCCUAGCACAGGCCCGGGGGACAGCCAAGAGGGCCGGCCUGCCCAUGGCCCUGGCCAGGCUCUGCUUCCUGCUGGGUCAGCUCUGUGUCAGGAAGCUCAAGCUCUCCCAGGCCCGGGUGUACUUUGAGGAGGCCCUGGGCGUCCUAGGUGGCCGCUUCGGCGACCUCCCCCUGGUGGUGGCCGUGUAUACCCGCCUGGCUGCCAUCUACCUGAAGCAGAAGAACCGGGAGAAGUGUGCUAUGACCUUGGACAAGGCAUUGGCCCUCCUCCUGGGGACACCCAGCCACGUCUGCAGCACCGAGGCUGAGCUGCUCCGGCUGGCUCUGCGGUGGGCUGUGCGGGUCCGGAGUGUGGGGGCCGAGGCCCGGGCCUGCUUCCUGCUGGUGCAGCACCACACCCGCCUCAAGCAGCCCGAAGAGGCCCUGCCCUUCCUGGAGAGGCUGCUGCUCCUCCAGGGCCGCUUGGGGCCCCUGGACACCACCUGGCCCACUGAUGGCUACCUGCUGCUAGCUGACAUCUAUGGCCGAAAGUGCCUGCCCCACCUGGCCCUGAGCUGUGUCCGCGUGGCCUCGCUGUGUGCCCUGGGUUCCCUGGCAAGUGCGCUGCGGAGCGUGGACCUGGUCCUGUGCCACGCCCCUCAGCUCCACGGCCUCAGGCAGGUGGCCCCCAGCCUCCCCGCCCAGCUCACCCCCUACCUCUGGCAGGCACUGACCUUCCCAGCUGCAGGGACAGAGCAGAUACCUCGUGCGGCACUCUACGCCAGCCUGGCCCAAGUGCACAGCCACCAUGGCCAGUAUGGCCAAGCCAUUGCCCUCAUGAUGCGUGCCGUGGAUGCAGAGGCCACGGCCGGCUCCCGCCCCAUCGUGGACCACCUGGUGGCCCUGGCCUGGCUGCAUAUCCUCCACAGGCAAAGCGAAGCGGCCCUGGACAUCCUGGAAUCCAUUGGGGAUGCAGCUGUGGCUAGCGAGGACCAGGAGGGCGUGGUCACCAACAUGAUGGCAGUGGCGCUGAGGAGGACGGGCAGGACCCGGCAGGCAGCCGAGGGCUACUAUUGCGCCCUUCGUGUGGCCAGGCGGCGGGGCCGGCGGCACGACCAGGCCGUGGUGCUGGCCAACUUUGGGGCGCUGUGCCUGCAUGCGGGUGCUAGGCGGCUGGCGGAACACUACCUGGUGGAGGCCACGAAGCUCUUCUCCCAGCUGCCCAGUGGGGAGUGUGGCUGUGACUUCACACAGGUGCUGCUGACGCUGGGCCACCUGUACGCCGGCAGGGCCUUGGCCCAGCAGAGCAGGUGCUGCUAUGAGUGGGCCUUCCUGGUCGCCGUGGAGACAGGCCACUUUGAGAGCCAGCUGCGUGCUGUCCAGCGGCUGUGUCACUUCUACAGCUCUGUGCUGCCCAACGAGGCUCAGUGCGUCAUCUACCAUGAGUUCCAGCUCUCGCUGGCCUGCAGGAAGGCUGACAAGGCACUGGAGGGGCAGCUCUUGGACACCAUCAGCCAGCUGUACCUGUCGCUGGGCACCGAGCGGGCCUACAAGUCCGCCUUAGACUACACCAAGCGGAGCCUGGGCAUCUUCAUUGACCUCCAGGAGAAGGAGAAGGAGGCUCAUGCCUGGCUGCAGGCCGGCAAGAUCUACUACAUACUGCAGCAGCACGAGCUGGUGGACCUGUAUAUCCAGGUGGCACAGAAUGCGGCCUUGUACACUGGGGACCCCCACUUGGGCCUGGAGCUGUUCGAGGCAGCGGGAGACAUCUUCUUCAAUGGGAGCCAGGAGCGGGAGAAGGCCGUGUCCUUCUACCAGGACCGGGCACUGCCCCUGGCGGUGGCCACAGGGAACCAAGAGGCCGAGCUGCGUCUGUGCAACAAGCUGGCGGCACUCCUGGCAGAACUACAGCUGCCCCAGGAGGGCCUGGAGUUCGCCCACGUGGCCCUGGCGCUCAGCAUCACCCUGGGCGACCGGUUGAACGAGCGUGUGGCCUACCACCGGCUGGCCGCCUUGCACCACCGGCUGGGCCACGGUGAGCUAGCUGAGCACUUCUACCUCAAGGCCCUGUCGCUGUGCAGCUCACCGCUGGAGUUUGACGAAGAGACUCUGUACUACGUGAAGGUGUACCUGGUGCUUGGGGACAUCAUCUUCUAUGAGCUCAAGGACCCGUUUGAUGCCGCGGGGUACUACCAGCUGGCGCUGGCUGCAGCCGUGGACCUGGGCAACAAGAAGGCCCAGUUGAAGAUCUACACACGCCUGGCCACCAUCUACCACAACUUCCUUGUGGACCGAGAGAAGUCCCUCUUUUUCUACCAGAAGGCCAGGGCCUUCGCCACCGAGCUCAACGUCCGCAGGAUCAACCUGGCUCCUGACCCGUACUACGGGCAAGUGGCCUGGCUGGCCUCCGCCGCCCCGCCAUGAGGACCCCGGGAGUGGGCUCUGUGGAGGGGAGUCCCUGUCUCUCCCAGGGUCUCUGCGUGGCUCAUUUUCUGGGAAACCGAGCUGCCAAGACAGGGCUCAGUAGCCAUAAAUGUUCUUCAGUAACUCA